AUGUCCAGCUUCCUGCUUCCUUUGGAGAUAUGUGAGAACCUAGCAAGAGCCAUUGCACAGUUUUGGUGGAGCUCGAAUCCUCCGAAAAGAGGAGUUCACUGGGCAAAAUGGGAAAAGAUGUGUGCUCCUAGAGAAGAGGGAGGAAUUGGUUUUCGUAUGAUCCAUGAAUUUAAUCUAGCUCUUCUAGCUAAGCAGCUUUGGCGACUUGUGCAAUUACUGGAUUCACUAGUAGCGAGAGUUCUCCGAGGAAGAUAUUACCGUCUCAGUUCGCCGUUGCGAAUGGGCACUGUAGAUACCCCAUCUUAUGUAUGGACAAGUAUAUCUACCGCCAGGAAGUUAUUACUUUUGGGCAUUAGAAGUAAGGUGCAUUCAGGGUACAAAAUUAAUGUGUGGGAAGAUCCUUGGAUCCGUACGAUGCCAGCUAGACCGGUGCGUGCCCGGGCUCCAGCAGUGAAUCCUAAGAUGAUUGUAAGCAGCCUUAUUAAUCCUGUUACCAAGGAGUGA